GGUAUCGGUCAUUUGAUGGAUGAUCCUCCGGAGCCCACUAGAAUGAUGGAUGCUCUAGCACAUGUAUGGUGGGAUCUCGAGACUGUGUUAGAGAGCCUUCCGACAUUACCCGUGACAGGACAUUCGGAUGUUUCUUCUCCGACAUUUGGUGCUCACGGUGAUAUUCCCUCCACCUCUACACCUGCAUAUGAUUUCGGUGAUAUUCCUCCACGUCCGCGCCUACAUAUGGUUUCGAUGAUAUUUCCUCCAGCUCGAUGCCUGCGUAUGAUUUUCCAUCGACAUCUGUCCCAAUUCAUCCAUCUGAUGUCCCUUCGACUUCUGAUGUCCCUUCGACAUCGGAAGUGCAGUUUGAUAUUCCGUCGGCGUCCAUCCCUCCAUUUGAGAUUCCAUCUACGUCAGAGGUUCGUCGCAAUGAUGUUGUAUAUCAACGUAGGCGACGACGACGGGGUCAUAUUGAGAUGCAGGAAGGGAUACUACCAUCAGCUGUUGAGCAAGGGUGGAGCAGAUUGUCGAGGGCAUCACCAUCGAGCAUAUUGAUGAGAUGCAUGUCACUGAGCCCGUGCAGCCUGAGAUGGAGCAUGACAUACAUAUUCGAGGACGGAGUCGAGGACGCGGUCGUGGACACAGACGUGGACGUGGCAGGGGACGAGGGCGAGAGCAUAGGAGGGGGAUGGAGGGGACUUGAUGUUUUUUAUUAUUUUUGA